ACUCAUUACAGAUUGACCACUGCACUGGACACGAGAGAGGAUGAGCCGAGCACCACUGUUUAACCUCAGUGCUUUGCUGACCUUAAUGCUGAUUCCCUCCACUAUUUCAGUAACUGUGUCAACCAGCAAACCAAAAGUGGAAGUUCAUGAGAACACAAACGCUGUCCUGUCCUGUGAGUUCCGCACAGAAAAAGAGACCAACCCUCGAAUCGAAUGGAAAAAAAAGGGGAAAGACACUUCCUACGUUUAUUUUGAUGGUGAAUUUACAGGUUCAUUUAAAGGCCGAGCUUCAAUGGAUGGGGCAACAGUGACCGUGCGUGGUGUUACCCAGAAAGACUCAGGGGUCUAUUACUGUGAGGUCACUGCAAAACAUGAUAAGACCCACUUUGGGGAGGUCACAGUAACUCUGAGUGUGCUAGUGCCCCCCCAUGCUCCAUCCUGCCAUGUUCCUGAGACUGUGAUAAGAGGCUCUGCAGUGGAGCUGCACUGCAAAGACAAGCUGAGCGUUCCUCCUCCUACUUACAGCUGGUACAAAGACAACAAGCCCCUGAGCACAGCCCACCUGCCAGACAUCAACUACAGCCUAGACCCCAAAACAGGCACUCUGAAGUUCAAAAGUGUGUCGAAAUCUGACGCAGGGCAGUACCGCUGUGAGGCAUCAAAUGGAAUAGGAGCGCCAAAGACCUGUGCAGGCCAACAUAUGAAGAUCACUGAGUUUGAGCUGAAUCUGACAUUAGUCAUAGCAGUGGGAGUGGGUGCUGCUCUUUUUCUGCUCUCCUGCUCUCUGGCCAUCUGCCUAUGUUGCCGGCGAGGCUGCUGCCGCUGCUGCCGUAAAGACAAGAAAAAAGGAAAACAGAAAAGGAAUAUGACCAUACACCGACCCCCUACAGACCCAAGACACUACAGGCACACAAAGUCCUUCGUGAUAUAAGGAAGUUUUACACGGACACACACAGCGAAUGGUUGUUGGAGCACCGCAUGGCUGAGCCUCGCAUCCUCACCCUGCUUUAAUUCUGCCUGCCCUGAGGACUGAAAGAAAAACAUGAUGACUUUCAGACUGGAACAGUCAAAGAGCAGCACUGAGCAGAAGAGUGUGAUGCUGAUACUCCCCCUAGUGGUGAAGACGCAUCAGCAACGUUAUACUGUACAAGAUCAGGGGAAUUAAACUACUUACAUUGUACAGAGCUCCAUCACGUAUCAUGUAUCUCUUGCACAUGUGUAAACUUUAUUUGAUUCAUUAUUGCAGUUAUUUUUGAUUAAUCACGUUUUCUGUAUUUACAAUCUGCUUAAAAAAAAAAAGUGUCCCGAGUAUCCAAUACCAAUUUUCAAUGUGUGUGAAAUUGGAUGUGAAUGAGAGGCAGUCAUACGAAACACAUGAUUUCCAAUAAAAAAACAAAAACACAAAAAUGC